AUGUCCAGGUGUUCUCUCACACCAUGGUUCUUUACUUGGCUAAUGUUGCUCUGUCUAUCAGGAUGCUAUUUCCUGGACUCUCUAAUUGUGGCAAGUAGUUUUAGGCACGUGCAUCACUACGUCAAUAAGUCAAACCUGGAUCAAGACUACUGUGAAAGAAAAAGAAAAUUAUCUAAUUUUGGUGGAUGGAGACUCUCCACAGAAAAACUCACAGCUGCACUUCCCAUUGAUCCCAUUGAAGAGAAUUACGUUCGUGAAGUGCAAGACUCCGUUUUUUCAGUUGUCCAUCCUACUCCUUUUAAAUCCAGAGUUCUCCUUGUAGCUGUUUCAAAGGAGGUUCUAGAAGACAUUUUAGAUCUUGAUGUGUCUGUCUCGGACACAGAGGAUUUUCUUCAACUUGUCAGCGGUGGGAAAAUUGUCUUGGGAUCGCUGGCCCAUAGGUAUGGCGGCCAUCAGUUUGGUAGCUGGGCAGGUCAGCUGGGUGAUGGAAGGGCUCACCUGAUCGGAGUUUAUACAAACAGGUUUGGUGACAAUUGGGAGCUACAGCUGAAAGGCUCAGGAAGGACACCAUACUCCAGAAAUGGGGAUGGAAGAGCUGUGCUUCGUUCCUCUGUACGAGAAUUUUUGGGCAGCGAGGCCAUGCACUAUCUUGGAAUUCCUACAAGCAGAGCAGCUAGUCUAGUUGUUAGCGAUGAUGUUGUAUGGAGAGAUCCGUUCUACAAUGGGGAUGUUAAGAAAGAAAGAGGUGCAAUCGUUCUGCGUGUUGCCAAAUCAUGGUUUCGAAUAGGAUCAUUAGAAAUUUUAACCUAUUCUGGAGAACUACGUUUAUUAAGGAUACUGUUAGACCUUGUCAUAGAUGAACACUUUCCAUCAAUAAGCGUGAAUGACUCAAAUAAAUACCUGGCAUUUUUCUCCAGAAUAGUAUCUGAAACAGCAGACCUGAUUGUCUUAUGGAUGUCAGUAGGCUUUGCUCAUGGUGUCUAUAAUACAGAUAAUUUUAGUCUCUUGUCCGUAACCAUAGAUUAUGGUCCAUUUGGAUUCAUGGACUCCUAUGAUCCGGACUUUGUCCCAAACGUAUCUGAUGAUGAAAGGCGGUAUAAAAUAGGAAACCAAGCCAACGUCGGGAUGUAUAAUCUGAACAAGCUGUUGCAGGCUUUAAACCCUUUGUUGGACCCCCGACAAAAGCAGCUUGCUUCUCAGAUUCUUGAGGGAUACCCUGAUCAGUACUAUAAACGUUUUACAGAAUUAUUUAGAGCAAAACUGGGUCUCCUUGGGAGUAGCGAUGAUGAUGGCUAUAUGAUUGCAUUCCUUUUAAAACUCAUGGAAGAUGCGAGAGCUGAUUUUACAAUGACGUUUCGGCAACUUGGUGAGAUUUCAUUAGACUGUUUGAAGGACUUCAGCCUUUCUCAGGAAUUCUGGGCUCUGCAGGACAUCGCUAAGCACAAGCUCUUUCCCAGCUGGGUUGCUAUGUACCUCUUGAGAUUACAAAGGAACGCGGGAGAUUCAGAAUCUGACCGAAAAAGAAGAAUGGCCAGCGUUAAUCCUAGGUACGUGCUUAGGAAUUGGAUGGCAGAGUCGGCUAUCCGCAAGGCUGAGAGGAACGAUUUCUCAGAGGUUCGCCUCUUGCAGCAGGUUUUACAGCACCCCUUUCAGAGGCAGACCAUGGCAGAGAGAGCUGGUUAUGCCCAACGCCCCCCUGCCUGGGCCAAAGAGAUCAAAGUCAGCUGUUCGUCUUGA